AUGAGCGCUCAGGAGGAGGGGUCUGUCUGGGGAGCGGGUUUGGGCCCGGAGGGCGGGGGGCAGGCCAGCGUCCUCCCCGCCGGCCCCCGGGCCCCGCGGGCCCCGGCACGAGGUCUGGAUCUGGGGCCGCCGCCCAGCGGCGAGGGCGAGGGCGAGGGCGAGGGCGAGGGCGAGGGCGGGUUCCCAGACGCCGAGGGCUUCGAGUCCGAGCGGGAAGUGAUGGAAGCGGGAGGGCGGGUGCUGUGGGGCCGCGAAGGCCGCCCCGGCUCCCCGGCCGCCGACGAGGGGGACGCCCCGGACUACGCGUGCCACCUCGCCGACGAGUCCGCGGCGGCCAGGGCGCAGCAGCUGACAGACCGCGAGGCCCUGGGCCUGCGGAGAAACCCGUCCCCGGAGAGCUGCGGCGCGGAGGCGUCGGGCGGUUGGGCCGGCGUCGAGGCAGGGCCCAGUGGGCGAGGCGCGCUCGCCCUGGGCCGCGUGGAGUCGCGGCCGCCUUCCGCCGCCCGGCUGCACGUCGGUGGGCCCGAGGGGGGCCGGGCCUGGGGGAACCCGACAGGAGGCGCCAAGGGCCCGUCGACCGUGCGGGUGGAUCGCCAGCGGCCCGCGGCCGCCGAAGGCCCCGGCGGGCUGCCCUCCGACCCCGAGUCCUCAGAUGAGUUCAGCGAGAUACAGCUGAUGAGGGUGAGCAUUUACUCCAAAGAAGGCGGCCCAGCCAAGCCCAACAGCCCCGAGGAUCCCGGGGACACAGCCAGACACGCGAAUUUCCACGUCAGGGAGAAUUUCCUUCCCGUGCCGGGCCCUUUCCUGACCUCCGCUGCCCGAGGGUUCACUUCGGUAGUGGAGAGGCCGGCCGUCGGAGAGCUGGACAUCUCCUCCUCUAAGAAAAUGCCAAGUGUGGUCUGGGGGAAGGGGGAGAGCAGGCCCAGCUACCGGGGAGCUGCUGCUGUUGCUGCUGCUGCAGGCGGCCUGCCCCAGGCCCCCUCGAGGAGGAAGGCGGCCCAGGAGAAGAAAUGCCCAGGGGGGGCCUCAAAAGUGGCCCUGGGCAAAAGCUUCCCUUCCUGGGGGCAGAGAGUGUCGGCUGCUCCCCUGGAACCAGCCACCUUCCCCCCAAUCUCCGGUGUCCCGCUGCUUGGGAGGUCCAAGAGGUAUUCCUUGGUCCCUUCGGGACCCAAACAGUCCAAGCACGCGGGCGCCGCCGGCAAGAAAUCUGUGGCCAGGAGGACGCGGGGGGCCGAGGUGGCGGCCGCUGCGGGAGAAGGCAGUGACUCGAACAGAGACGCGGUCCUCCCAAAGGGCCAAGGAGGGGCCGCGAUGAAGGGAGGGCUGGUAGCUGAUUUCCAGGCUUGGUCCACGAACCUUCAGUCUUCAGACGCCUGGGCUUUGGUGUGCAGCAGCGGCAACCUCCACACCAGAGCCCCCCGAGUUCCAGGAAGCUCGGAGCCCUUGGCCCUGAGCCAGGGAGAUGUCCUGCACAGAGGGCCUGCCCUCGCCGGUGACCAGGAGCCGCCGGGCCAGCCCGCAAGGCCCGGAAGGCAGCAGGAACCACCGGCUGGCGCACAGGGCUGUCUGCGGUGUCUGGUGCUACAGAGGGAAAUAGACGACCUUAAAGAGCAGCUUGCGGCCAUGCAGUCCCUGACUGACAAGGGCCAGAGCCUGUGAAGGGAGCGUGACACACCCCGCUGCCCUUUGCAUGGCCGUGGCUGGCGGCAGGGCCGGGGGCUGGCCCUGGCUCGGGCUCUUCCCGGACCCUGCGCUGUCGGGCCGGCUGCGCCCAGCAUCUCUGUCCCAGAGGGGCAGCUGGUGCCUUCGGAGCCGGGGAGCUGCGGCCAAGCCGGUUCCCUCCUGCCCGCCCUCAGCCAAGGCUUCCUCUCCCUGUUCUUCUGCCCCCCUCCCCGCCCCAGUUCACAGCAGUUUCAAAUUAAAGUACCUCUCAGGUCUGUGGUCUGCCCUCUCUGUGGGGUGUGGGGGGGGUGCCGGGCCGGGGAUGGGAGAGGGGCGGGGCGGG